CGGCGGUUGAUCAGCGACUGAGGUGCUCCUUUUAAAAAUGGCGAGGACAAGCAUAUCCUACCUGCAACUGCACAGCUAUAGAAACUCUGCGGAUACGCGAGUUGCGCCUUGGCACCGUUUCCAAUCGCGACGUACGAGUUUCACCCGUGGAUUCGCCACAACCACGUAUAUCACGUUGCUGUUUAAUUAUUCCAUCGAACGUUCAAUCGAACUUCAUUAUUACGCCUGAUAUACACGCUUCAACAAGAUUUCAAUGAACCCCCCUUGGCCUACGCCUAUGAGCGUUUUCCCUUCGAUUGUAUUUCAAACGACAGAUAUUUAUUUCGUCAUAAAGGCUCGUGGGCCGAUCGAAAUAAUUUUAUGCAUUCUGUAAUAUACAUUGAGACAUUUACCUUGACUUUUUCAAGCGGUACACGGUUUUUGCAGUUUAGUUACCUUAAUGCGACUCACGAUGCAGUGUCACUGCAGUAUACCGGGUGUCGGCGUUAGAAAUUUCCGAUGACUUUCCGCCCGGGUAUAGAUGAUUUGUUGAAUUUUUCACGAUGAUUUCUAUCGAUUUCGAUGAGAAAUGUGAAAUGCCGAAGAUAGGCCUUAAAGCAAGAUCCAUCGUAAUAAUGUGAACGCGUCGUAACGCGUGCACCAAGAAAGCCGCCACCGAACGUCGUGCUAAAAAACUCAUUGAAAUAUAGAGCUCCGCGUUCGAAUAAGAAAAUGGAAACAAUGUCGAAUCCGUAUCCAAAAAAAAUGCAAGACACAUAUGAAGACGAAGAGGAGAGGAAACAUUUUCAACGAAUCGUUUCAGCUUUCAAAUACUACAAAACCCAUUCGCUGUCAAGGGUAAAAAAGACAGAGUCAUAUUUGUUGACACUUCCUCUUCAUCACCAAAAACUUCUGUCAAAGUACAAAGAACAUCUGCAAGAAGUUAAAAGGUGUAUCGAAAACAACGAUGAAAUAAUUAAGCUGAUCAUAAAGGAUGUUGCCCAUAUCUUUGAAAAUGUGAGCCCAGCUAGUGCACAGACUGACAGUGUAAGAAAAGUUUACCUGACAUUAAAUCCUCGUCCAGUAAUGGCUGAUCAAGAAAAGGUGCAAGCAACAAUUAAACAACUGGUUCGUGAUUGGAGUGUGGAAGGAACAGAGGAACGCAAUGCGUGUUAUCAACCUAUUAUAGAUGAAAUAUUAAAUCAAUUUCCUUUAGAAUAUUGUACACCAUCUGGAGUGCAAAUUUUAGUACCUGGAGCAGGAUUAGGAAGACUCGCAUACGAAAUUGCGAGACGAGGAUACACUUGCCAGGGAAACGAAUUCUCUCUCUUUAUGCUCUUUGCGUCACAUUUCGUGCUAAAUAAAUGUAGAGGAGUGAAUUCGUAUCAAGUACAUCCAUGGGUUCAUCAGUACAUGAAUAAUUUAAAACCAGAGCAUCAAACUCAAGCUGUAUUCUUUCCCGACGUAAAUCCAAGCGAUCUUCCAGAAAACGCGCAAUUCUCUAUGGCAGCUGGAGAUUUUUUAGAGGUUUACACAGAAGACAACCACUGGGAUUGCGUUGCAACGUGUUUUUUUAUAGAUUGUGCAAAUAAUGUUGUACAAUUUAUUGAAACAAUCUACAAGAUUCUAAAGCCGGGAGGUAUAUGGAUAAACCUUGGACCACUAUUGUACCAUUUUAGCGAUAUGCCAAUGGAAGAUUCAAUAGAACCGAGCUACGAUGUUGUUCGCGAUGUGAUUCAGGGAUUCGGUUUCCAGUUGGAAAAGGAAGAAAAGCGCAUGAGAACACGCUACGCACAGAAUAUUAAUAGUAUGCUACAGUGUGAAUACAAUAGCGUAUAUUUUGUUUGCCGAAAGCCUAAAAGACGCAUAGACAACGACAUGAAUCAUCGAAACGGUUGUGAAAGUAACGGAAUGCAAGAACAAGAAAACUAAUUACUGAUGACCUGAUGUGUUCCACUUGUAAGACAAAUUGAUCUAUCUGUAAAUGCAUUAUAUAAUAGUUCAUUAUUUCAAAAGCAAAGCUGUUAUACUUCGUGAAUAUAAAUCAAUAUUAAACGAUUUUGAGUUUCUGAACAAAAUUUGUAAACGGUUAAAAAAUUGAAUUUUAUUUGAAAAUUUUAUUUCAUUGUAACCCAAAUUGACUGUUGAAUUUAUUCAUCGUGUUGUUAACAAAUUGAAUAAUAAAAUAAUAGUUGUUUUUUAAAAUCUUAAUGCAAGCUGAUACGAAUGUAAGAUUAUAAAUUUUCGAUAACAGUUUUGCAAUUUCUCUUUUGAGUUCAAUACUUGUGAUUUAGCAUAAUCAUUAAAUGUUUAUUGUUUCAAUUAUUUAUCAAAUAUCGUGAUAAUAUAAAAUAAAAGAAACUAGAUUUGGUUGCAUGUAUAUAUAAUAUGCAAUGUUCCCCGUUUGAAAUGCUCUCUUCCAUUUGCUUUAUAGAGGAAUUUCAUUUCUUAAUAUUAACAAAUGCAUCUUACCCGAAAUACAUGUCAGUUACAAAUUUUUCCAGAAACCAGUGUUGCCUUAUCCAGUUUUGUCUCAAAUUGACGAAUGUUAGUACCAUGAAGAAGAUGCAAUUUCAAAAUUUCAGUGUUUUUUCAUUUUGUAAUUCAAUAUUUUUCUGCUUUCUUUUCAAUUAUGUAUUUUUUGAAAAUUAAAAAAAAAGUCGCACAAAUUUUAUUAUCCAUUUCACAAUAAUUUAUAUCAGUGUUAUGUUACUACAAAAAGGAAGUCUAUGUUGUGAAGCAAAACCUUUACUUUGCAAUAGAGAAUACAUGCAGGCCAAAAAAUAAUUAUAAAAUAAGUUAAGCCUAACAAUGUAAUUAAUAUAAUUUUUUAUUAAAAAUUAUAUAUGAUGAAAAAUUUGAUUAAUGUGUAAUUACCUUUUUGAAAAUAAUGUAAUACUUUCAAAACACUUAUGACAAACAUUUAUUAAGGUAUUGUACAAACAAUGAUGCGAUUUGAUUAACUUCGAUUUGUUGCAUUUUACUGUAAGUUAAAAAUUGUCUCCGUACUUUCAUAAGUUGAGCUGCUGUACAUGGACUUUGUACAGUUAAAUUAUAUCCUGGUAUUUUAAAAUCACUUUCGAUGCCCAAUUGUUUGGCCGUUAAUAUUGCCUUUAUAAAAAAACAGAUCAUGUAAAUUCAGUUAUCAUAAAUAUACAACUUAUGAUUUCUAAUCAUUUGUAGUAUCAUUCAAUGCAAUUUAUCAUAAUUAGCAAAUAAAAAUCGUUAAGUAACUUACUCCAACUACUUCUUGAGUAACUAAAUCCAAUUCAUACAAAUAAUUUGUAGAUGAUAAUGGAGGCUGAAAUAUUACAGAUGUUUUUGUAAGCAAAAGAAAUAUCGAUUUCUAAUGUAAGAUAAUAAUAAUAUUUAUGAAUACUAACACACUGAGUACUUAAAUUUGGUUUAGGUGCUUUCACUUCAUACAGUGAUCUAUAAAUUUCAUCAAACUUUAAAUCGUCCUCUGCUGACACUGAAAAUAAUGGAGAAUCCCAGCGGUUCUUACUGUCUGGAAUUUCAUACCUAUGUAACGCAUAAUGUGUACUUUAC